ACAAUCACUUUUCUGUUAUUUUUGCUGUAUUGUUUUAGACUAUGCACUUUUGGGGUUUGUAAGGCAGCUAGCUGGUUAGCUAGCACAUUUAUUUUAGGUAAAAAUUAAAAGAAAAACGAUGGAAGAGCUCAGCGCCGACGAGAUUCGGAGAAGACGGCUGGCCCGAUUAGCUGGAGGUCAGACUUCUCAGCCUGCCACCCCCCUGAGCACGCCACUGACCUCCCCUCAAAGAGAGACCCCUCCAGGUCCACUGCCUGGAUCCUCAGGGGCCUCACCUCAACCUCUGCCACCAGCACCAUCCCACUCUCUGGGCCUCAACACCCAAAAUGUCACACCUGCCACUUCUCCAAUGGGCGCUUCAGGAGUGGCUUAUCGCAGCCAGAGCAGUGAAGGAGUUAGUUCUCUCUCCAGCUCCCCAUCCAACAGUCUUGAGACCCAGUCUCAGUCCCUGUCUCGUUCCCAGAGUAUGGACAUUGACACAGCACCCUGUGAAAAGAGCAUGUCCCAAGUAGACGUGGACUCAGGAAUUGAAAACAUGGAAGUAGACGACAGUGACCGCAGGGAGAAGAGGAACCUAGCUGAGAAGGACUCCUCAUCCAACCCAGAUGUGUCUGAGGAGCAGGCUCUGCAGCUCAUUUGCAAAAUCCUUAGAGUCUCCUGGAAAGAGCAGGACCGUGAUGUCAUCUUUUUGCCCUCGCUUGCUGCCGAGUUCAAGCAACAUCCAAAACAUGUCUAUUCUGACUUCAAAGACCUGAUUGGACAGAUCUUGAUGGAAGUUCUAAUGAUGUCUACCCAAUCACGUGACUGCAACCCCUUUGCCAGCCUGACGGCCACAUCACGGCCAAUCGCUGCUGCCAAGUCACCUGACCGCCACCUGACAUUGGUCCCACCUUCCGGGGGAAGCAGUCCCAUGAUGCCCUGUGCAGGCUCAUUUGGUGCAAGCUCUUUGUCCAGUCUCUAUGGAUGUAGUCCACACCCACUUGCUCAGAACUCUUCAAGGAUGAUCGCUCCAUCCAUACCUAUUUCCUUAGCCCCACAUUUAGCUGCCUCUCCUAUGGCAGCCACUUCCUUAUCUGCUCCUCCAGCUCCUCUGCCCCCUCUCUUUUCCCCUUUGAUUCCAACCCCUUCUGCUCCCCUGCCCAUCUCUCAGAGAUACAGACCUUACUCACUUAGUCCCUCUCAGGGCUCCUCCUUCCCUAUAAGCCCAAGCCCCAGGUCUGGUAUGUACACUCCAACUCAAACCCCAACUGUGCUCUCAAGCUCACAUCCUGCUCCUCUGCCAUCCCCCUCACACCGUAAUCAUCUCACAGCGUCUCCGUUUUCAGUGUUGCCUGGUUCACCCACAACUAUGGCCAGACAUGCUGCUCUGGCCUCCUGGAUGACCUCUAGCCUGGGUGCAUCUGGUGGAGGAAUGGCUUGCGACUCUGGCAGUGACCGCUUCACAAUUGAAGCAUGUAAAGAGACUGAGAUGCUGAACUACCUCAGUGAGCGCUUUGAUAGCGUGGGCAUGGAGGAGAGAAAAGCUCCCAAGAUGUGCAGUCAGCCGUUGGUCAGUCAGCUGCUCAGCAACAUACGCUCGCAGUGCAUUUCUCAUGCUGCUCUUGUGCUUCAAGGUGCCCUCACACAGCCCAGGGCCCCAUUGCAGCCAUCUCUGCUCGUCCCGUACAUGCUGUGCCGGAACCUCCCAUACGGUUUUAUUCAGGAGCUGAUGCGCAUGACUCACCAGGAGGAGGAGGUGUUUAAACAGAUUUUUAUUCCAAUUCUUCAAGGGCUUGCAUUAGCUGUAAAAGAAUGUUCUUUUGACAGCGACAACUUCAAGUACCCCUUAAUGGCUUUAACAGAGCUUUGUGAAAUUAAGUUUGGAAAGACUCACCCGGUGUGCAAUUUGGUCACGUGUUUCCCUUUGUGGUGUCCUGAUGCUUUGAGUCCUGCAGCAGGCAGAGAGAUUCAGAGACUUUCAUUUCUCGGCACCUUCUUCUCUCUUUCUGUCUUUGCAGAGGAUGAUGCUAAAGUGGCAGACAAGUACUUCUCCGGCCCUGCUAUUACAAUGGAGAACACACGAGUGGUCAGUCAGACCCUACAACACUACCUGGAGUUGGCCAGGGGUGACCUGUUUAAACUCCUCCACAACAUCUUGCUGAAUGGAGAGACAAGGGAGGCUGCACUUAGCUACAUGGCUGCUGUGGUGAAUCGCAAUGUAAAGAAGGCACAGAUGCAGACAGAUGAUAAGCUAGUGUCCACAGACGGCUUCAUGAUUAACUUCCUGUGGGUGCUGCAGCAGCUGAGCAUGAAGAUUAAGUUGGAGACAGUGGAUCCCCUUUACAUCUUUCAUAGCAAGUGUCGGCUGAAUGUUAGCCUUGAGGAGACCCGGCUUAAAUCCAGCCUUGAUGAUCUGAAGAGUUGGCUCGCAGAGCUGCAUGAAGGCCCGUCAAAAUUCUCUGAGCCGAAGUUUCCUACAGAAUGUUUCUUCCUGACGCUACAUGCACAUCACCUGUCUAUCCUGCCUGGGUGCCGACGUUACAUCCGCAGAUUAAGAGCCAUCAGAGAUUUAAACAGAACUGUAGAGGAGCUAAAAAACAGUGAGAGCCAGUGGAAAGACUCCCCCUUAGCCACUCGUCACAGGGAGAUGUUAAAGAGAUGCAAAACACAGCUGAAGAAACUGGUGCGCUCUAAAGCCUGUGCUGAUGCUGGCCUGCUGGAUGACAACCUGCUGCGUAGAUGUCUCCAGUUCUACAGUACAGUUAUUCAGCUCAUCCUGCGCAUGGUGGAUCCUGCCUACCCUAAUGUCACCCUGCCCUUGAAUCCUGAGAUUCCUAAAAGCUUUGCCGCACUGCCCGAGUUUUACAUUGAGGACGUCGCUGAAUUCAUGCUUUUUAUUGUGCAGUAUUCUCCUCAGGUUCUUUAUGAGCCAUGCACUCAGGACAUUGUGACCUUCCUGGUGGUAUUUAUCUGUAGUCAGAACUACAUCAGGAACCCCUACUUGAUUGCUAAACUGGUCGAAGUGUUGUUUGUAACUAACCCAGCAGUUCAGCCUCGUACCCAGCGGUUCUUUGAGAUGAUUGAAAACCACUCUCUGUCCAUCAAUCAGCUUGUCCCUGCCCUGAUGAAGUUUUACACAGAUGUGGAACAUACUGGAUCCACUAGUGAAUUUUAUGACAAAUUCACUAUCCGGUACCACAUAAGUACAAUUUUUAAAAGCCUUUGGCAAAACAUGGGCCAUCAUGGUACCUUCCUUGAGGAGUUCAAUUCUGGGAAGCAGUUUGUGCGCUACAUUAACAUGUUGAUUAAUGACACGACAUUCCUGCUGGAUGAGAGCCUGGAGUCUUUGAAGCGCAUCCAUGAGAUUCAGGAGGAGAUGAAGAACAAGGAGCAGUGGGACCAGCUGCCCAGGGAUCAACAACAGAGCCGGCAGUCCCAGCUGACCCAGGAUGAAAGAGUAUCACGCUCCUAUUUGGCUUUAGCCACAGAGACUGUAGACAUGUUUCACAUUUUGACCAAGCAAGUCCAGAAGCCCUUUCUACGUCCUGAGCUUGGUCCUCGACUUGCUGCCAUGCUGAACUAUAACCUUCAGCAGCUGUGUGGGCCCAAGUGUCGGGACCUGAAGGUGGAGAACCCGGAGAAGUAUGGCUUUGAGCCGAAAAAGCUUUUGGACCAGCUUACUGAUAUCUACCUACAGCUGGACUGUGCACGCUUUGCUAAAGCUAUCGCCGAUGAUCAGAGAUCAUACAGCAGGGAACUGUUUGAGGAAGUGAUUUCCAAAAUGAGAAAAGCAGGAAUCAAGUCCACCAUUGCAAUUGAAAAGUUCAAGCUACUGUUGGAGAAGGUGGAGGAGAUAGUGGCUCGCAACUCUCAGUCUGAGAUGGACUACAGUGAUGCUCCAGAUGAAUUUAAAGAUCCUCUGAUGGACACUCUCAUGACUGACCCUGUCCAACUACCCUCUGGCAACAUUAUGGACCGAUCAAUCAUCUUGCGGCAUCUUCUCAACUCGCCCACUGACCCCUUCAACAGACAGCCCCUUAAUGAAAGCAUGCUGGAGUCAGUUCCAGAGCUGAAAGAGCGUAUCCAUGCUUGGAUGAGAGAGAAGCAGGGAGGACGCUUUUCUCAGUGAAACAUACUUGCUGUAACUUAAUGUGUAUGUUGCUCUAGAAUUUCACUUUGGGCAGAUUAAAGAAAAAAAGAUGAAGAAGAUUUUACUCCUAUUACCAUUUACCCCUUCUUUCAUUCACAAGGCUAUUGGUUCUAAAUUGAUGCAUAAUAAUAAAGUUCAAACUUUUAAAA